AUGGCCGUGGUUGCAAUAGGAGCGUGUUACGUAGACACCAUUCUCACAACUCCUCAUUAUCCCGGUGAAGAUGAAAAGCUCCGGGCAUCAACCCUGACCCGUCAGCGGGGCGGCAAUUGUCCCAACACUCUGGAAGUGCUUCAGCAACUUACACAACACGUGCCAUCAUAUCAAGAGCCUCUUCUGAAACUCGUAGCAGUUUUACCUGCUAAGUCUUCGGUUGCGUCGGAGCAAAUCAGAUCAGGCUUGGAGCCACGAGUUCGGUUGAGCCAUUGUAUUUACCGGGAGCAAUUCAGCGAGCCGGCAUCGAGUUACAUUAUCAAUAGCCAGUCCACGGGGAGCAGGACUAUUGUUAACUAUCAUGAAUUGCCGGACAUGACGGUCGACGAGUUCUCCCACAUCGCCGAUGAGCUGGACCCUCAGACAACCUUGUUUCACUUUGAGGGCCGCGAUCCCGAUGUUACUCUGGGGUGCAUUCAAUACAUCCGGAAAAAGUUCCCACACGCUCAGGUUAGCGUUGAGGUUGAAAAGCCCGGAAGACCAGGGCUGGAGAAACUUGCGGAGGAGGCCGAUGUUGUUUUUUACUCGAAGGGCUGGGCUCAGCACAGUGGAUAUACCUCCGCAGAGGAAUGUCUGCGCAAGCGAUCGAAGCUGACGCGCAAGGCGACAUUGCUAUGUUGCACAUGGGGCCAGGACGGAGCCGACGCUUUCGAACCCGGCACAGGUACUUUGGCUCAUGUCGGCGCAUACAGCGCCGAAGAUUUUAGAGUGGUUGAUACCAUUGGUGCUGGUGAUACCUUUAUCGCUGGGAUGCUAUACGGAAUCACUUGCAAGGCCAGGGACUGGGAUCUCUCUACAAAACUGGGAUUUGCAAAUCGGCUUGCAGGGAUUAAAGUGUCCCAGGAGGGCUUCUCGGGACUGGAUAGGGCAUUAACAUCGUAUUUGUGA